AUGAAGCGGAAGAAGAAAAGCUGCAUCGGACUAAGCAACUGCUCCUUCGAGCAGUUUAAAGAGGGAAUCGACUUCCUAAAACAGACGGACGCAAUUCUGGACGACGACAUAUUUCCCACUUUGAAAAGGGUCUGCUCCUACCUCUUCUUCUGCGUGAAGAAUGACAACUUCGAGUUUGUGCGAAGCUACGAGAGGGCGGCCAAGGCGAAAGCCAGCCAAAGGCCGCAGGGGGGUAAAGCGGCAAAUGGCGCGCCAACAUGUCAGGCUGCAAAUGGCGCGCCAACAUGUCAGGCUGCAAAUGGCACGCCAACAUGUCAGGCUGCAAAUGGCACGCCAACGGGUCAGGCGGCAAUGGCCCCCUGGAGGAAUGCCCCCCCCGGAGAAAGCGAAGCGACGCUUAACUACGAAUUUGAAGACGAGGAUUUCAUAAUAGUGAAAAAUAUAAACAGGCUGCUGCUGAACAAACUGAUAGAGAACUACGUGGGCUACUCCUGGCUGUGCCUAACCCUAACCGAGUACCUAAACGACCUGGACUACCUUAUGAACAAGCAAGGGAAGAGUGACAAGGAGGAAGAAAAAAGGGAAAUGGACGCAAGGAAGAAAGUCUACAAAUUGGUGCGGAAAAUUACCCAAGUGAAGAGGGCUCGCAAUUUACAGAAUUGUGCGGGAGGGCAACAAAAAGGGGAAGGGAAAAAAGCCAUUCACAAAUUGGAAGCCAAAAAUAAGUAUGUUAACUACCUCUUUUGCUACUAUAGCAAUUUCUUCCUUUCGCCAAACGACGGCAAUGGGGGAACCGCCCAAGGGGAAGAUGUGCUGGUGCUCGACCGUUUUGAUAAUGCCUACCGGUGGAUCUGCACCGAUGAGGAGGACCCGAGUGGGGGGAAGCACCCAAAGAGGGGGAAGCAUCCAGAUGUGGAGAAGCACCUCCAUGGGGAGAAGCGCAUCAGGGCGGCCCACCCAGCGAAGCGAAAUGCUCACCUAAAGCGAAGGCGCAAAUGUUAUGGUGUAAAAGGGGUAGACAGGGAGCUAGGGGUGAACGGAGAGCUAGGAACGGGGAGCCAUGCCGCUUUGCAUGACCCCCUCCAUGGGCAGGUGCGGGUCUCCCCCGGGAAGGACCACCGUGUUCGUGGUGAGCGAGGGGGGGGCCCAAGUGAGGGGGGCGAAGGACGUGCAGGCAGGGGCGCAGCCAGGCGUGAAGAGAAGCGCCUACAGCGGCGCCAGCAGCGACGUUCGCAGCGGCAGCAGCAGCGACCCUUCGAACGCCCCGAACGCCGCAAACACUGCGAACGCCGCGAAUCCCGGGAGGAGAGCCACCUGCAGCACCUGUACAAAGCGCUGUGCGACUUCCUGGCGACGAAAUACGAAACGGGGAAGCUGCUAAAGUUCAUGGACGAGUACAGAGACAUGUACGCGUGGAAGCCCCCCCCCUUCUACUGGAAGGUGCUGAGCAGCAAGCAUGUGGUGAAGGAGAUACUGAAGCUGUAUGAAGACAGAUAUUUAGACCCCUUCCUUUCCUGCCUAUAUGAAGAUUACAUUAACAAAUACUACUGCGACGAUGAGGAGAGCAGCAGCAUAGCCACCUACACGAGUAACUUCAACGUGUUUACUCUACGCGUAAGUGAGGAGAUUCAAAAGUUCCUCGUUUUGGAAGAACCAGAAGAGGAAGAGGCGGUCUUCAGGAUAUGCAAAAAUAUUUGUGUUAGCGAGAAUUCCUAUAUUUAUGCGCAGAUGAUUCUAGAGUACAUGUAUAGGAAUAACAACGACAGAAGCAUGCGGAGGCUGUCCCAGUUCCUUUGUCUCUACAUUUUAUAUAAGGAUGUGAAUUUGCACAAAAUUUGCAACAAUUAUUUCCAGAGGGUGGUAGAGAACGAAGUGAGCAUCGCCUUCUUGACCUUCAAAAUUAAUAACGUACACAAUUAUAGCACCUUAUAUGGUACCUUUCGAAAUAUAUAUAUGGCCAGACAUAGGGGGUGCAUGGAUAUAAACCACUCAGACAUGGUCAGCCUGCAUGAUGCGAUUGUCAACGUGCUGAAGAUUUUCAAUGGGAAUAAGUUGCUCCUGUUUGAUUCGACUUACUUGUUUGAUUCGACCUACUUGUUUGCUGCCCAUGGGGGAGAAGCAGCUCGGGAGAGUGAUCAUCCCAAUGUGGACAACAGGGGUAUGAAGGGGCAUAUUUCUUCCCCCUCCUCAGGGGAAGACCACCCCUCCGCCUACCUCCACCACAGAGAAGACGCAGAUUUUAAUUCAAACCUCUCCAACAUCAAUAGGAGCAACUUGGAGGAGGUGUGCAGGCGGGGGGAUUUGCCCGCCGCACGAGGGGGGGACACCCCCCCUGUAGGGUCACCUCUUCCUGAUAGCCCAUCCGAGAAAGAGCCCCUUUUCCCAAACGGAGAGGAAGUUUACACCCCAAGUGAAGGCACCCCCCCAAGGGGAGAAAACUCCAUUGGGGGAAAUAGCCUUUUUGGGAGCUCUCUCAACAUUGGGGAGAAGCAAAAAGGGAACGCAGGGAAAGCUGGAAGCGCCGAAAUGAAUGACAGCCGAACGAGUCUCUCCAAUAGAAGCAGCAGAAACUUGAGCAACGAAAUUUAUAGCUCCAUCAAAUCGGACGAUUUUGCAUCAAAUGUAAAUUCGGACAAUAACGACGUUCAGGUGAAGACAGGAAGGGUUAAACACACAGCUAGUGAGCUGCUCCUCCCAUCAGCUUCUCAAUACGGAAACGAAGAUUUUAAUUACAAUAGGGAGUUCCUAAGGAUAAAUAUUUAUGCGGAGAAGAUCCCCCUAAUUCAUAUUAGAGAUAUUGUCUUCCUCAAUAACACCAUAAAUAUAUACGUCUCCAACAGUCAGCUUUUUUUGAAUAAUCUUUACAAACUGUAUGGGAAGGUCCUCAUCUUCCUGACGACUUACUCUCCCUAUGAGUAUGUCUAUAACCACUACUACGCUUCGCUCUUUAGGAGGCGCCACGCGCGCAAGUACUCCGCGGCGUACUUCACUGUGUACGACGACGAGGUGGGGGGGAGCAGCCACGAGGGGGAAAGCGGCAAUGAUGGGGGGAGCAGCCACGAGGGGGAAAGCGGCGAUGAUGAGGGGAGCGCAACGGGGAAACCCACGGGAAAGAGAACAUACGAACAGUUUUGCAAAGUGAAAAAGGAACCCGGGGGGAGAAAGUCCAUUCUAAAGAGGGGGAGCAACUACGCUGGGGGAGACAUAGAAGUGCAGGCGGGGAAGAGGCCCCCCCCUUUGGACAAGCAUACCAUGGGAGAGGAUGCUGAAGGGGAAGCUGCGCACGCGAGCAGGAAGAUGAGGAGGCAAGAAGAGGGUAAUACCGAAUUGGAGAAGCCCCAAAGGGGGGAAAUGCCUCUACCCGUUUUGGCGGCGCAGCAAAGCUCCAACGUGGCGGAAGAGGACUGCAAGCCGGCUGGUGUGGACAGCCCUGCUGAAGCUGCGAAGGAGGGAUCAGCGGAGGAGAGACCGCCCCCGAGUGAGGCAGCCCAAAAGGGUGGCGAUGCAGAUGCCGCAUCUUCUGGCGACCCAGUGCUGGACGCCCCCGCAAGCGAAACGUCCCCCCCGAAAAGUCGCGACGCGCACAACUCAAACGAGAGCAACGCCGCAGAUGAUAUGCUCGAACUGAAAACCGAAGUGAUGUCGUGUGAUGAAGUACGAAGCAGCGUUUUUAAAAAUGUGAAGAGCAAAAAAAAAUUAAAAAUAAAUCGAACGAGUAAAAAAAAAAAAUAUUAUUUUUACAAAUUGUUUCAAAAAUUUAGAUUAACUUACAACACAUUUUUGAAAUAUACCCAGAAUGAAAUUUAUCAGAUUUACCAGAUCAUCCAUGGGAACUACUCGGACGCCACGAAGGACAAACUUCUGCUGGCUCGAGUGAACAGCAACUUGGCCGCUUCCCUCAUUUACAGAUACGUCUACACGAAUGUGUAUGAGCAUGUGAAUUCUUCGCGCGUUAAUUCGCUGUACCCCAAGUUUAUUCUGCUCAAGUACAUCGUGGACAAGUACCCGCAGAAGCGGCACCUCGCGCUGCAUUUUUUGAAGGAGCUGUACACGCACAUAGUGGAGAAGGAGGAGGCCCUGGAGGAGUUCGUCGAGCUGCGGGAAAACCUAGUCCUGUUCUUCGUCUACUUCGUGCGCUUCGAAAAUAUGUUUUGCUAUGUGGUGGGCGUCAUCAAGUCGAUGGUUCCCCUGCUGGACAAGGCCCUCAUCAGGCUGUUCAUCAUCAAGACGCUGGCCUUCUGCGCGCCCCCAUACGACUUUAAGUUUUGCGACUGCCUGCUGGACUUCAUUCACUUCGUCCUGAAAAAGGAGGGCGUCUACUACAAGAACGAAUUCAAAAAGGCCAUACAGAAAUUCCUGGACAACGUUUCGGAGAUGCACCGCAUGUACCAAUCUUCGAAGACGAAGGAGCUCUCCAUCCUGUGUACCCACAUCAGGGAGCAGAUAAAGCGGGCAGAAAUCGACCCAGCUGUGCGCUGA